AUGGAGGAUGAUGGUGUGGAAUGUUUGUCAACCUGUGAUGGGAUCUAUAAGGAACACAUUUAUCUCCGCCGCCUCUGCCGCCGCCGUCGUCACCACCGUCUUUCAUUGGCCUCCGCCAAUAAGUCUCGGGCAACAAACCUCCAUGAACUUCUGCAAUACCCUGUCUGCACAAACUCUAUGUACCCACCAAUCAAUCAGUGCCUAAAUGGGCACACUCUGUGCACCAUUUGCAAAUCGAAAGUAAAGAACUGCUGCCCAACUUGUAGAGAACAACUUGGAGACAUCAGAUGCCUGGCAUUAGAGAAAGUCGAGGAGUCACUGAAACUUCCUUGCAAGUAUCGCUCUUUGGGAUGCAUGGAGAUCUUUCUUUACUACAAGAAAGUUAAGCAUGAGGCUAAAUGUGACUUCAGACCAUACAAUUGCCCCUAUCCUGGAUCUGAGUGCUCAGCAGUUGGGGAUAUUGCUUUUCUGGUUGACCAUCUGAUAGUUGAUCACAAGGUUGAUAUGCACAAUGCAUGCAGCUUUGAUCAUCUUUAUGUUAAGUCCACUCCCUGGGAGACAGAAAAUGAGGCCAAGAUGCUUAUGGUAUUUAACUGUUACAGCCAUUACUUCUGCCUGCAUUUUGAAGCCUUCCAGCUGGGCAUUGCACCAGUUUACAUUGCAUUUCUCCGUUUCAUGGGCAAUGCGGUUGAAGCCCGAACCUUCAGCUACAGACUGGAGGUUGGAGCACAUGGAAGGAAACUAAUAUGGGAAGGAACCCCUCGGAGCAUACGUGAGAGCCAUCAGAAGGUAAGGGAUAGCCAUGACGGUCUCAUAAUCCAGCGUAACAUGGCACUCUUUUUUUCCACUGGAGAAAGGAAGGAGUUCAAGCUUCGGGUCACCGGACAGAUAUGGAAGGCCAAGAGCACCUAG